AUGCAGACGUUCCUGAGGGGAAGAGUGCAUAUCAAAGUGGAGGAGGAAUUUUUCAUCACAGACAAGGCUCUGCUGGUGGAACACAGUGAGUAUUUCCGUGCGCUCUUCCAGUCUGGCAUGAAGGAGAGCAUGCAAGAUGAAAUCCAGAUCCGAGACUUGAGUGCCAUGGGGUUUCUCCUCAUGCUCCGGGUCCUGGCAGGGGAGAAACCUGUGCUGACCUGCGAGGAGAAUCUCAAGGCGGUCGAAUGCGCAGCUUUUCUUCAGGUGAAGAUGAUGACCAAGUAUCUGAUUAAUUCCAUCAAUUCCGAUAACUGCAUUGUCCUUUAUCAAGCUGCUGCCAUGUUUGGCCUACAGGACCUUUUCCACAGUGCUGCCCUGUACAUUAGAGAUGGCUAUUCUGAUUUAGAGGAGUACUUAGACUGCCUUUCUGCUGACCUGCUGGAUUACGUGGACUCCCUUCUGCCCAGCACAUUUGUCGCAGUGGGAGCCCAUACACCAACCUUUGAGUUUCUACAGGACCUUUCGAGAACCAUCUGCUACCUGGAUGAGGACGACAACACGUGGAAGACGCUCUCCUGCUUGCCACUGACAGCCAGUACAUUCCUAGCCGGCAUGGCAACGCUGGAUAAUAAAAUCUACAUAGUGGGCGGAGUCCGCGGAGCGAGCAAACAAAUCGUGGACACCAGUUUUUGCUACGACGUAGAUGCUAACAGCUGGAGCGAGUUUCCCAGCCCUCAGCAGCUCCGGUAUGACCUCACACUGACAGGUCAUGAAGGUUAUCUUUACGCCAUAGGAGGAGAAUUUGAGAAGACCUUGCUAAAGUCUGUGGAGAAAUACAACGUGUCCUCCAACACCUGGACUUUUGUCGCCGAUCUGCCCCAGCCAACAGCAGGUGCGCCCUGCGCCCAGACCAUGGGACGGAUAUUUGUCUGCUUGUGGAAGCCACUAGACACCACUAUCAUUUAUGAGUAUGAGAUCCAGAAAGAUGAAUGGCUUCCCAUCUCAGCCUUAAAGAGGCCUCAGAGCUACGGACAUUGCAUGGUGGCCCACAGAGAUAAUCUCUACACCAUACGGAAUGGGCCCUCAGACGACUUCCUGCGGUGUGCGAUAGACUGCUUCAACCUCACCAGCCUACAGUGGACAGCUUUACCAGGGCAAUACGUGAACAGCAAAGGAGCUCUCUUCACUGCCGUGAUCAGAGGGGAUACAGUGUAUACAGUCAACAGGAUGCUGACCCUCCUCUACUCCAUAGAAGAGACUACAUGGAGGUUCAAAAAGGAGAAGGCUGGAUUCCCAAGGAGCGGGUCCCUACAGACCUUCCUUCUCAGGUUCCCAAAGAGAGACCACAGCAUUGCCACUUAG